UGGCUUGUUGCUCAGACCAAUGUUGCUGUCAAGAACAUUGCAGAGAAGUUGGCUAAAGUUAGAUUUUUCAACUUCAAGGUUCUUGUAUCUACUGACUUCCAUCUUGGAUGGCAUGAACAUCUUUAUCAGAGACUUAAUGCAAAUAUCAUCCGCUCUGAUGAAUUCAGGAUUGCUGAAAAGCAGUUGAAUGGAUGCCCUGUUGUCCUUUGUACCCUUUCCAUGCUAUCCAACCCACGGGUUCAAGGCUUCAUGCAUGUUGUAUCCAUCAACACCCUUGUUGUUGAUGAGGCUAGUCAAAUUGCCAUACAAGACUAUGUCCCUCCUCUCUCUAUCUAUUCUACCAUCCAGAAGAUGUGUUUCAUUGGUGAUAACAAGCAAUAUUUUAUCUCCAAGACAAUCUACAACAAUGAACUUGCUUCAUACAAGGAGCAUCCCAUACCAAGUCAAGUUAUGGCCACAACCUUCAUUCAUGUGCAAGAUGCUACAGAAAAAAAGUUUCAAACCAGUUAUGUGAAUGCUGAAGAAUCAAAAGCUGUUAUGAAGAUUGCAGAGAAAUUGGAGAUGGAAAAUAAGAGCUACCGGAUUAUCACUCCAUAUGAUGCCCAGAGAAACUAUCUGGAGAAGGAGAUGAAAGCAUUUGGUUUGAGGUGGGAAAACAAGUGUUUCAAUGUGGAUUCCUUCCAAGGGAAUGAGGAUGACUUUAUAAUCAUCUCUCUUGUACGCACCAAGGAUCUUGGUUUCUUGACAGAUUUGCGCAGGACCAAUGUCAUGCUUACUCGCUGCAAGCGUGGCAUGUACAUUUGUACCAGCUGGGAAUUCAUCCAGGUUAUUGCUAAGGAAACACUGGUUGGUAAAAUGGCUAUUGAAUUUGGUGAUGAUGCUUGGAUAGGCAUGGGUCAGUUGGAGGCUGGAGAAUUCUGA